AUGUGUAUGGUAUCCCGCACUGGUAGAGAUUUGCAACGCUAUGAUGAUGAUGGUUGUCGCCAAAUUGUCGGAUGCAUUCCAUAUAGAUAUAUGAGAAAAGGAGAGCAUGAGAAAGAAUUGGAGGUUCUGGUGAUUAGUACUCAGAAUGGAAAUGGAAUGCAAUUUCCAAAGGGAGGUUGGGAGAUUAAUGAAUCUAUGGAGCAAGCUGCUUUAAGGGAGACCAUAGAGGAAGCUGGAGUUAUGGGAAAUAUUGAAAGUAAAUUGGGUAAAUGGUCUUAUAAGAGCAAACGCCAAGAUGCAGUACACGAGGGUUAUAUGUUUUCUUUGCUUGUCAAAAAGCAGUUAGAGAAUUGGCCAGAGAAGAACUUCCGACAAAGAAUUUGGAUGAGUGUUAGUGAAGCUAAAGAAGUGUGUCCACAUACUUGGAUGAAAGAGGCUUUGGAUAUAUUGGUCAGCACACAACCUCAAUAUUAA